UCUUUUUCUUUUAUUCUUUUAUAAAAGCCAAAAUAUUUCUUGAUAUAUAGUAUACAUCUUAUAAAUGAGUAUUCCAAAUCAAUCUUUCACAGCUACGGCUGCUAUACUUUCUCUUCUUUUGUUUUCAUGCAUGCAAUGCCAUGCACAGCUCUCUGCGACGUUCUACGAUAACACUUGCCCUAAUGCACUCAACACAAUUCGUACCAGUGUCAGGCAAGCAAUUUCAAGUGAACGUCGCAUGGCUGCUUCCCUUAUUCGCCUUCACUUUCAUGACUGCUUUGUUCAGGGUUGUGAUGCUUCGAUCUUACUCGAUGAGACCCCUUCAAUCGAGAGUGAGAAGACUGCCUUGCCAAAUCUUGGGUCAGCAAGAGGUUAUGGAAUCAUAGAAGAUGCAAAGAGAGAGGUGGAAAAGCUUUGUCCCGAGGUGGUUUCUUGUGCUGACAUACUCGCUGUCGCAGCACGAGAUGCAUCAGCUGCUGUGGGAGGCCCUUCAUGGACAGUAAAACUUGGAAGGAGAGAUUCAACCUCGGCAAGUAAGACAAUUGCAGAAACAGAUCUUCCAAAUCCUUUUGACCCUCUGGAUAGACUUAUUUCUAGCUUCGGCAGCAAGGGGCUUAACACAAGAGACAUGGUCGCCUUGUCAGGGGCUCACACAAUAGGCCAAGCACAGUGUUUUCUGUUCCGUGAUCGGAUUUAUGGCAAUGGAACAGAUAUUGAUGUCGGUUUUGCAAGCACUAGAAGACGUCAAUGCCCUCAAGAAGGAGAAAAUGGAAAUCUGGCACCUCUGGAUCUAGUUACACCAAAUCAAUUAGAUAACAACUACUUCAAGAACCUCAUCGAUAAGAAAGGUCUUCUUCAAUCAGAUCAAGUUCUUUUCAGUGGAGGAUCAACGGAUAGCAUCGUUUCUGAAUACAGUAAUAGUCCUCGAGCUUUCUCAUCCGACUUUGCCGCUGCUAUGAUCAAAAUGGGAGAUAUCAGUCCUCUAACUGGUCAAAAUGGAAUCAUAAGAAAAGUUUGUGGCAGUGUGAACUAGCUCAUCCAAUAUGUACUAUUUCUCUUAAUUAUUGUAAGAAAGCUCUUCUACACUUAGCUACGUUGGGUUUUGUAUUAUUAUACAAAGAAAUUCGUAUGUUUGAUGCAUUGGAGUGUAAUCUCGUUUAAUUCUUUUUCCUUUUCUUAUGUAUGAAUGAUGUACUUCUUCUUAUAUGCAAAUAAAAAGUUCGUGUUCCAUGGUGCAA